GACGGUGGGUGUUGGCUUCUUGUUCUUCUUCUUCUUUUAAAGUCUGCAAUAAUUGAUUUGCACAGAAUUUCGUUCCCCUUAGCUGACACUUGAGAAGCGGCUCAUCUUGCAAGCUCCUGACGUGUCUCCCUUCUGGGGGCAGAUGAGAGAGAGGGAGGGAGGGAGGGAGGAGAGAGGAGGGGGGGGAAAAGCACAACAACCCUCGAGCUGCUCGCUUCCCUUCUCCCCGGCAGUCAGCCGCUCGGUUCCAACCAGAGUGUCCGCGCCUCAGAGCGCCGCGCGAGCCCAGCUCCGCCGCAAAAACUCCCUUCAAGCGCCAGGCUGAGGCCAGACUGCCUCGGGGCGGCCGCCUCCGCGCCCGCUCGCUCGCUGCCUCCCGCUGCCGCCGCUCGGACUGGGCGCGCGCUCCGAUAGGCGCUUGGAAGCGUCCAAUCAGAAGAGCCCGGACACCGAGGCGGCUUUAAGCCUGGCUGCGUGAGGACCCCGAGCAAAACUUUCCCCGGCAGCAGGAACUCGCCGAGAGCAUCCAUUUCUUCGCUGCCGCCGCCGCCGCCCUCUGCCGCGCGGGGCUAAAGCUCCCUCUCCCGGGUCCCGGCUGGCUGAUUGGAGCCCCCCCCCUCAAGCCCGUUCUUUUGGGGCGCUCGGACGCGGCUCCCGCUCUCGCCGGCCCUGGAUAAGCAACCGCGGGGUGGGGGAGGGAGGGACGGCGCUGCGACUUUUCUCCGGCUCUUCUUCGGGAAACUCUCUCCACACACACACACACCUCGCCCCGCGCUUCCUUCGGCCAGCUAAGCCCGCGGCAGUUGGGCUGAGGGGUGGCGGCGGCGGCGGCGCAGGAGCAGCAGCAGCAGCAGGAGUUUGAGGAGCAGCUCGGAGCCGGAGCCAUGUCGAUGCUGCCGUCCUUCGGCUUCACGCAGGAGCAAGUGGCGUGCGUCUGCGAGGUCUUGCAGCAGGGCGGCAACCUGGAGCGGCUGGGCAGGUUCCUCUGGUCGCUGCCCGCCUGCGACCACUUGCACAAGAACGAGAGCGUCCUGAAAGCCAAGGCGGUGGUGGCCUUUCACCGAGGGAACUUCCGCGAGCUCUACAAGAUCCUGGAGAGCCACCAGUUCUCUCCGCACAACCACCCCAAACUCCAACAGCUCUGGCUCAAGGCGCACUACGUGGAGGCCGAGAAGCUGCGGGGCCGGCCUCUGGGUGCAGUCGGCAAGUACCGCGUGCGGCGGAAAUUCCCUCUUCCCAGGACCAUCUGGGACGGGGAGGAGACCAGCUACUGCUUCAAGGAGAAGUCCCGGGGCGUCCUGCGGGAGUGGUACGCGCACAAUCCUUACCCGUCGCCCCGGGAGAAGAGGGAGUUGGCCGAAGCCACGGGCCUCACCACCACCCAGGUUAGCAACUGGUUUAAAAACCGGAGACAGCGCGACCGAGCGGCAGAGGCGAAAGAGAGAGAAAACACUGAAAACAACAAUACAUCUACCAACAAACAGAACCAGCUGUCUCCUCUGGAUGGGGCCAAGCCACUUAUCUCCAGUUCCGAAGAGGAGUUUUCGCCUCCCCAAAGUCCGGAUCAGAACUCCAUUCUCCUGCUCCAGGGCAAUCUGAGCCAUGCCAGGAACUCCAGCUAUUCCUUGACCGGCUUAACUGCCUCACAGCCAGCCCACAGCCUCCAGCCUCACCAACAUCAGCUGCAGGAAUCCCUCUUAGGCCCUCUCACUUCCAGCUUGGUGGACCUGGGCUCAUGAGUUUGUCCCCCCACGGAAGG